AUGGAUAUGGUCGAAUUCUUCUCUCUUCUCGGCCUUCCUGCUCGUCUCGCCGGUCGUGCAUUGCUGAUCUCUCGCUACGUGAGCAAUCGAGGCUCGACAGCCCGCAUCACCACCGACUAUGCCGAGAAGAGAUACGGGAAGAGCGUGCGAUGGAAGCCAUGGCUGAUGAUUGACGUGAAAGAGCUCGAGGAGACGCAGGACUUGAUCAACCAUGGCACAGACGCGCAGGUGGAGAGUUGGAGGAUCAGCCAGUUGAGUGUGUGCGGCAUGAUAGCCAUUAUCGUGGGUGGAACGGUGCACGAGUUACUCCGUACAAGCGAUACUGACAAAGGACAGGGCGGCCUCAUCAGCUCAUGCGCGGUUACGGCCCUGCAACUACCAACACUUGAAGAGUGCCAUUACGUCGCCCGGGGCAGCUUCGUCAUGUCCCUCAUCCUGUCUUUGCUGUCAGUCUUUUUCUCCGGCCUCCAGCAGUCGUCCUUUGGUGGGCAGAUUGAGACAAAAGACCUGCGGAUAUGGCUUGCCGACGGGAGGCAUUUGAGUGACUCGACCGGACAAUGGGAACUGCAGAGCUCCGUGGUGGCACAUAUGAUCUUGAAGGCGCCGUUCGAGAUAGUGGUCAUGGGCAUCCUGCUGUUCAUUGUUGGUAUGGGUACCUACCUUGGGAGCAGCUGGAAAAACAGUCUAUCACUGUCAACGGGCAGCGGAGGAAACAGAGCAAUCUUGAUUGCCUUUGUCGUGCCUACAGUAUUCGUACUGCUGAUGUACGGUCAUAUACUGGGCUUAAAGGACAGAGAAAUGGUGAUAGCUGCCGACCAUGGCGGUCUGCAGGCAAUGACAAAAGGGCAGAACGCAGUCACAGGACUUCCUCGCGAUGUGGAGGCUUCUCUUCAGCAGGACACAUACAAAAGGGGCCAUGGCGAAACCAAGGCUGUGAGCUCAGAGUUCCAAGAGCUGAGAAGUAUGCUCCAGACGGCCAUCGAUGCUCAGAGGCAGUGCGCCAAAGCCAGUGAGGACAUUGCUAAACACUACGAGCGCCUCCUCAACAACGGAUGA